UUUGGUUUUUUUUUUUAUCUCAAAUUUUUUGAAUCAAGUACAAUUUACAAUAUACUUGUUCUUUAAACAAUCAUUUGAAUUGACAUUACAACAUUUUGUUUCAAUACGGAGCAUCACAAAAUUCCUAAAUCUCGCAUUGAAUUUUUUUUUUUUUGGUUUUUCCUUUUUUAAAAGUAAGCUCACUGAAGUACAGAGAAAUACACCGGAGCAACUGAGCAACACUAUCGGUUUUUUUACCAGGCGUCAAUCACCAUUGUAAAAUGGAGGUGAAGAAAGGCAAUGAAACUAAUCAAUAUGCUGCUGAUCUUUCUUCCAUUAAGGAGGCUCGACAGCGUAUUAAAUCGGUUGUUCACAAAACGCCUGUAAUUUCCUCUGAAACGUUGGAUUUGAUGGCUGGUAGGAAGCUGGUCUUUAAAUGUGAAUGUUUUCAGAAGGGAGGGGCAUUCAAAUUCAGGGGAGCUUCGAAUGCUAUACUUUCACUUGAAGAGCAAGAGGCUGUUAAAGGAGUGGUAACUCAUAGCAGCGGUAACCAUGCUGCUGCGUUGGCCUUGGCUGCCAAAAUGCGAGGAAUUCCUGCGUAUAUAGUUGUUCCCAGUAAUGCGCCCAAAUGCAAAGUUCAGAAUGUCAUACGAUAUGGAGGCCAGAUAAUCAUUUGUGAGCCCACAAUGGAGUCAAGGCACGGUGCUGCUGAGAAGGUACAGCAAGAUACUGGGGCAGUUCUUAUACAUCCAUUUAAUGACAGUCGUAUUAUAAGCGGACAAGGGACAAUAUCGCUUGAGCUCUUGGAGGAGUUCCCUGAAAUUGACACCUUAAUAGUUCCAAUAAGUGGCGGGGGUCUUAUAUCAGGUAUGGCAAUUGCUGCAAAGUCCAUCAAACCGUCCAUUCGAGUUCUGGCUGCAGAGCCUGUUGGAGCCAAUGAUGCAGCUCUCUCAAAAGCAAGUGGUGCAAUAGUUACACUACCUCAGCUCAAUACAAUCGCUGAUGGACUUCGAGCUUUUCUCGGGGACUUAACAUGGCCCAUUGUUCGAGAUUUCGUGGAUGAUGUCAUCACUGUGGAGGAUCAGGAAAUAAUAGAAGCUAUGAGGCUUUGCUAUGAAAUUCUCAAGGUUGCAGUAGAACCCAGCGGGGCUAUCGGUCUGGCGGCUGUUUUGUCAGAUGGCUUUCAGAAAAAUCCUUUGUGGAACGAUUGUAAACAUGUAGCCAUCAUACUCUCGGGAGGUAAUGUUGAUUUGAACGUGCUCUGGGAGGCACUUAGCAAAUGAUAUACCAUGGGACAGAAUCCUUGAGACGUUGCUAUGCAUUUUGUACAUUUGGUAGCUAAACUAAAAAUAUUUCCAAGGAUACAGAGUUGGUAACAAUUGCAUAGUAAGUGUAUGAUUAGUAUUAAGAGAUAGUUUCCUAAUAUUAAUCAUAUACUUAUUGGAAAUAAUCUUAAGAUAAUAAUAUGUACAAGUAGGAAUAGGAUUCAUCUGACUAAUCUGGUCCCAUAUGGCCUCAAUCUGAGUAAAGAAAUCUGCAAUUGAGGUGUUAUCAUCUUGUUUUA